AUGCGCAGCUAUUACUCAGCUAUGCCGAAUGAGUGUCUGUUCGUCUGCACACAGGCACCGCGUUCCAGGCGCAAGCGACAAUGGCCUGAGCAGCUUUCCCUUGCUGCAAAGAAGCGCCUGCUUGCAACUCAUCCAUGUGGGGCGCCUCUUCAGAAGGGCGGUGAUGUUAAAACCCAGCCAAGGGGACGGAAGGAGGGAGACGGGGGGCUGUUGCACCUCCCGAGUGAGGGCACCCCCCGUGCAGCUGGAGAGCCUCGUCGUCACGCGAAAACAAACGGAUACCCGGCUUCGCAGCCGAUCUCAGGAUCUUUGGUGGACUCUGCAGAGGUGCAGACGAGCGAGGGUGGAUUGACACUUCAAGACUGCUGGCCGUCAAGCAAGUUGACUUUGCAGUGGCUCCGGCUAGGCGGGGAGAAGUUGGAUGCCUUUCAGGCAGCCUUGAGGCGGCGGCUCUCCGUUCCUGUAAAAGCGUGCCACUGGCCUCUGCCUGAGUGCACAAAGUGUACAGCAUGGCCUGUUUUCGUUCGCGGGGCUCUUAAGUUCGGCAUUCGGCCUGCUGCCUUCCAGCUUGCGGGGAGCCAGCACUACGAGAUAGUAGGCCAGAAUGAUGGUGCCGAGGCGAUGAAAGAAUCCAACUGGGAAAGCGCUGAGACCUUUGCGAAAUGUUUUGGCUGCCCCGAGAGUCUGAAGGUCUUUCGAUCGCUUGAAGCUCUAGAGGAGGAGGUCUUCGAGCAUCGCAUAGCUCAGGUGCUUAGUUGCGAAAAGACGCCACCACACACUUGUGGAGGAGCUGCGAAAUGUGGUUGCGAGCAACGAGGCGAUGCUAUGACAAACUCGGCUGAGGGGCUUGGCGUGCAGCAUCACUGCCAGGAGGCGUAUGCUGGAAUAGCUAAACUGGAUGGAACUGCUGAAGUGCUGCAAGCCCAUCUUCAUCGUUAUCGCAUUGCUUUGAUAGAUGAUCAGUACUGCGGCCCAAUUGUCUCUGCAUUUGGCCUGCCCGGCAUCCUUCAGUUCGUCCGCACACACACAUGCCCUGCCUGUUGCCCGGUGGUGCCGAGGCGCUGGCAGACUUUGGCAGCACCCGCAUCCUGUCCUCCUCUUGUGCCGAGCAGCCAGUACUUGAAGAUUGUGGAGGGGGAGAAACCCUAUGACCCACAGCAAAGGCGCAUUGCGGAGAGUGGACGCACGAUGAGCGGCGCCUCCAUUCGUCUGGAAGAUGUGUCGUUGAGUAGCCGCUUUUGUGUAUUGGAGAGUUUCGAGCUUGCGUCGCUCGCGGGAUGCUCCUACAAGGAUCCAGAUGGAAUUUCCGCAUGCGGUUUAAGGACAGAAGACGCGGGGGGCAAUGGCAUAUCGCUAUUCCCCAGUGCGCCGCUCAUGGUUUUCCUGCCGGACGAGGUGCAUCUAUCGACGCGCCAUGUUGUGAUGCUUGAGCCGGCGAUGGCGUCUGAGCAUCUAAGAGCAGUAUGCACUCCGCCAAGGCCUUCUAAAUCAACCUCAGUGGAGUUACAACUGACUCAGCCAGCCUGUGCGAGUACUAUGGAGGCUUGUGAGAGUUCCGCAGACGGCUCUCCUCAAGCAGAACGUCACGAGGACCAUAAGUACCUUGUCCCAUAUACCUCAGCAGCAGCCACCCCUGUCGGCCAGCGGUUCCGGCAGAUUUUUGUCCACGACCACGACCAAUUGAAGAGGGAGGCCACUGCCGACAUGCCAAGAGCACGUGACAUGAUGGGUAAAACUGCGGAGAAGACUGUGACAAUGAGUAGGUACGCAGGGGAGCCCUUGGACACAAGAGCGGGAGAUGCUGCAUCUGUCCAAUUUCUGGUGGUUCGGUGGGCUUAA